GGUAUGUCUUCCUUGUAAUAAGGUUGGGAAUGGAGUGUGGUUGGCGCCACAAUGGUCGCCGAUAAAAUGUGAUGUUCCUUAUGAGUAAACAAUAAUUCGUGUUUAGGCGAACUAUAAUGACUCAUUCAUCCUCCAACAUACAAGAGGAUCUCUGGAAUAAGAGCUGUGGACGAUUGAAGACUUUUCCAUUUACUGGUCUGGCGCAGCGAAGUGCAAUUCAGCUUCUGCGCAUGGGAAUUAUGCACUAAACACAGUUUCAAAGAGAGAGAGAAUCUGCUUGAGCGUAUUAGUGUGGGAAGGACAAUGAGAAAAAGCAGAACAACCGUUAAACCUGCAAAUGAGGUUGACAGUAAGGAACUUCUCAUGGAGUUAGAGAAAACAGCAAAUACGUUUGCACAUGAAACCGAAACAGUUAAAGACAGUUUCAAAGAAUCGCAAGAAAGUAAAGGCAAACUUCCAAAGUCAAGAAAACGUGGUUGGCAGAAACAGAUUUAUGUUGGUAAAAAUACAAACCUGCUACAUAUGAAGAGUAUUAAAAGACAAAGUGCAGUUGGCUUUGUUAACAUGACUAGACAUAAGCAAAAUAAACAAGUCUACAAAAGAAAUAUGAAAUCAAGCAGUGAUGCAGUGGGUACAAAAGAUGGCUACAGUGAAAUACCUGACUCUGAAGAGGAGGAAUACAUGGGAAAGAUGCAGUUGAAAGGAUUUGAAGCUGAACAGAACCUGCAAAGUACUGAAGAAUGUUUUAGUGUUAGAGAGGAAGACUGUCAAGACUGUCCUGAAUACAAGUCUUCAGCAGCGUUGUUCUACUCUAAUAAUAUGAUGCCUCAUCCAGCAUCGGAUAUAGCAAAGGUGUUACAAAGCAAGAAGAACAUAAAAACAAAGAAGAAUUUCCAAUUCAAAUUUAACAAUUUCAGACGGCAAAACGGGAGUGUUGGAACUAUUUUAAGCACAGAAGGAAAGGUGCUCACAUGUUUUACCCGAAAUGUUGAAGACAAUUGGUGUGGGGUAAUCAGACCGUGUUCAGUUAGGCUAUCUCGUUUGUCUGAAAGAGAGUUAAUGAGUGGUGGUCACUUAGUGAUACCGUCAGAUACUCAUAAGGCAGGAAGUAUUUCUGCAAGUGCACCCAGAUAUAGACAAACAAAAAUGAAAAAAAGCAGGUGUGAUACAUCUGUGAAACCAGCAGUCAGAGUUCCAAAUGAAGUCGAUAAAACAGAGCUUCAUCUAGAGUUAGAGAAAGCUGCCUCUACUUUUGCUUCUGAAGUAAAACGAGAUAGUUAUAUUCCAUUUGAGGCGGAGUUUGAGAAUACAGAAAGUUUGGUUGUCUCAGAAAAAGAUGAAGCUAGUAAAGUAGCUUCCAUUAGUAAAAAUGGUGAUAAAAAAGGACACAUGAAUUCUUCCAAAGGUGAUUCAAAUGUGUUGACAAGCAAUGUGGUCCAAAAAAAUAGGGAAAAGACACACACUGGCAGGAUUAAUAGAAAUGUCAGUGACUCACAGCAUGCACAUAUGAGCACUGCCGACUCUGAGGCGGAAGAAGAAGAUUGGCUGGGGUGGAACUCUAGGGUCACUCCACUAAAUACAAUUCCGGGAGGAGAGAUAGUUUCUGUAAAAGAAAAUGACCAUGUGGAAGAACUAAUAAACUGGAACAUGAAGGUGGAAAGUGACAGUGAUAUGGACGUUGAAGAAGUGUUUCUUCUUACUGAUUUGGUGGAGAUAAAGAAAAAAUAUGUCAGUACUGAAAGUCUUUCCAGUGAUAGUGAAGACGAGUGGCCGGGGUGGCCAGAAUACAAGCCUCCCUGCACAUUAUAUUACAUUUUUAAAGUAUAAUUCAUGUUCACAAGCAGAGUGUGACCUUCCAUUGUAAGCUAAUUUUAAUGAUGAUCUUUUUAAAUAUAUAUAUAUAUAAACACAAAAGUACAGGUUUUGUAUGCAGUUAUAAGAAAGAUAAUCCUUAAAUAUAAUGAUUUGUCUGUUUACUGAAAGAAAAUGUAAUCUCAGUUUAGCAUGUUCAUUUAUGAGUUAGUUUUUUAUUUGCAUACUCAUGUACAUAAAUCCAUCAUCAUGUUAUUACAAUAAUAAAAAGUAGUGUGAACCUCUU